GAAAAGGCGGGAAUAUUUUAACAACAACAACAAAUGUAAUUUAAUUAAAGUCGGAUGCAUAAAGUUUUAGUGUUCCAGGCGUGAAAAUUGAGAGCAAAAUACUGUACGGCAAUGAACAAUAAACGACCAAAUACCGGAGUUAAUGGGAAUCGUUCAAUAAUUCCAAUUUUCACAAACAAAAGACGGCGAAUAAAGCAAGCCUUGUACGCAAACCCCACAGAAGACAUGACAAGCACCUACUUCGGCAAUAACAACAACAACACGAACAACGAUGGAGAAGAGGUCUCCUUUCUUGGUACAAACCCUACAGUAAAUAGCUAUACAGGUUUUGGUCCAGGUAAUAACAACAGCUUUAAAAGCCCUGGAAGUUUUGGACGAAACCAAGGACAACCAAGCUCUUUCAACAAAAACGUGAACCAGGACGGAUCAAGGCGAGGGUUUUCGUUCAGUUCGGGACUCGGGAAAAGAAACCAGUCAAUUAUGGACAGGAAGUCAUUUCCUAACAACACCUUCGGUAGAGGGAAUCAGAGUGGGCCAAACGGGAGAAAUAACACAAACAAAAUCAGCAAUCCGAAUUUGAAGACCUUGCCUCCCCCAUUACCAAGUGUCAAACGACCACAAGAAAGCAAGUCAUUUUCUUGGAAACAAUGGAGUCCCCCCAAAAAAUCUCCUGCACAGCCCCUUUUGUCAAGAACAAUCAAGCCAAACGGGACAGGUCAACAGCUAGGGAGACCUCAAGAGCCCUCACAGGAACAGUCCCAGUUGCCAAUAAAACAAGUGAAUCCACAAAAAGACCAUGCAGACCAUAGCCUUAGAAUGAUAACAGCAACAGUCAAGAAUCUUCAACAGUGGAGUCUACACAAAGAUCAGCUAACAAUGUUGUUUGAAGUCUUUGGCAUACUUGACUCAGCAGUGGCUCCCAGCCCACAAGCUAAAGGAAAAAACUUUGUGCUGAAGGAUAACACUGGCUCCAUCAGGUGCACAUUUUGGGAAAUGGACCGCAUGCUGCCAAGAUUGAUCCGAGGACAACCACACAGAUGUGUUGGUUUUGUGGAAAGGCAGAAUGGUGUAUUUAUCUGUGUAAGCAUCAGACCAACAAGUCCCAAUGAACACAGGGUUACCACAGCAAGCCAGAGUGCCUCUGAAAAGGCUAUGCAGGAAUGCUUGGCUAGUUUUAGAGAACAUUGAUCCAGAGCAUUUUGUUUCAAAAACUAAGCCUUAUUAAAAAAGAGUUACUGCAUGUAUACAAAAUAAAAUGUACUGUUUUGUUUUUCAAAGGUAUGUUUCCAAAUUCUCUAUACAGCCUUACAUGUCUGACAUAUUUAUUUAUUGUAUAGCUAAUAUGUUGCUUACUAGAAUGGAUUCCUCAAAAUUCAAACUACUUAUGUUUUUCAAUCUUAUAAUUUGAUAAAUAAAAACAUUUUAUAACAUAA